AUGGAGCCGCCUCGUCUGAUUUCCAUGGAAGUCUCCACGAAUGGCAGAAGCGACUGCUACUUUCGCAUCCUAGCCAACCGAAGCGUCAAGUACAUCACCAUCAAGGCCGGGGCCCUCGACGCCGAGUCGUUGGAUGACAUGCCCCUUGAUUUCCAGAAUAUUCUCCCUCCUCUCCCCUACCAAGAAGAUACUUGGAAGUCAGCGUGUAUCACUCGCAAUCCCUCGUCCCGUCAACUGGACGCGACGCUGUCGUCGGCCGAUUUGCCCAGUGUGGAAACGAUCUGGCAUCCGCGGAUGAUCGACCAUCUUGACAUCGAACGCACCGAGUAUCUCGCUCUGUUGACUCAGGAAUGCAAAUGGAAGGCGGAUUCUGCACCAGAAAGAAUGAUUGCCAAGAUGGCGCGCUUCCACUGGGAGAUCCAAUACAUGGAAGCCGAAACCCGCAUGUACCAGGUCCUUGAGGGCCGGGGCAUCGCUCCCAAAUUCCUCGGGCAUAUCCACGAGGCAGGCAGGGUCAUCGGAUUCCUUCUGGAGAAAGUUCCGGACGGACGGGAUGCCGAGCCAGCCGAUCUGGAGAUCUGCGAGGCGGCCUUGCGGCGCUUCCAUGCGCUGGGGUAUGUACAUGGGGACUGUAACAAGUAUAACUUCGUCAUACGCCAGGAUGGGCAGGUUGUCCUCAUUGAUUUCGACAAGGCGAAGACUUGCGCCGACCCAGCUCUGAUGGAGGCGGAGAUCGCGAGCUUGGAGGGGCAAUUGGCUGAGACGACGGGUCGUGGUGGUGGGCUUAUGCCAUUUGAUGAGGGAGACAGUGACAGGGAGUCAGAAGAAUAG